AUAUUAUGACAUUUUUAACCCAUCAUCUAUACAAAUUGAAGAAAAUAACUCUCACUUAAUAUUAGGUUUGCUAUGUUAACUGUUAGGGACUGGAACUGAAUUGAUGUCAAGGGGUUCAAAAGGAUUGUGGGAGUCUUUUAGUGGUACAGGAAGUUAUUUAGAUUAAGAUGUUUCGUAGAGCAAAUGGUAUUGUGAUUGACGAAUUGGGGUAUACUCUGAGUACACUGGAGAUAGAAUCUGAGCACUUACAUGGUGGUCAGAGCCAGACAAUCCAUGAAGAUGGCGGCGGUCAGAGGCAGAUCAGCAAUGAAGAUGACGGUGGUAAUAGUUCAGACAACAAACAACCGUCUUGUAACUUGGACCAUGAGGUUGCUCAGCUUACGAAGCUCAGAUCAGGACCUCAUGAUGGGCUGUGUCAUUUCUUGCCUAAGAAGAGGAGUUUGCCUGUUUCCACGGUGAAGAUGUUGGCAGGGAGAGAGAGGAAUUGUUCAGGGAGAGGGAGGUUUACAUCUGCAGAUUGUUGUCAUAUGCUUAGCAGAUAUUUGCCUGUUAAUGGACCUUGGGUAGUUGACCAGAUGAAUUCCCGCGCUUAUGUUUCUCAGUUUUCAGCUGAUGGUUCUCUGUUCAUUGCUGGGUUUCAGGGAAGCAACAUUAGAGUAUACAAUGUAGAUAGAGGCUGGAAAAUUCAGAAGAACAUUCUUGCCAAAAGUCUGCGGUGGACCAUCACUGAUACUUCUCUUUCCCCAGAUCAGCGUUAUCUUGUUUACACCAGCCUAUCACCUAUCGUCCACAUCGUUAAUGUUGCAACUCCUGAAACUGAGUCUCUUGCAAAUAUUACGGAGAUACAUGAAGGUCUGGAUUUUACUGACACUGAUUGCAUAAGGCAUUCUUUUGGAAUAUUUUCUGUGAAAUUCUCAACAGAUGGACGAGAACUUGUUGCUGGAAGUAGUGACCACUGUAUAUAUGUUUAUGAUCUUGAAGCAAAAAGGCCUUCCCUUCAAAUACCAGCACAUGCUGCUGAUGUUAAUACAGUAUGUUUUGCUGAUGAAAGUGGCCAUCUAAUAUAUUCUGGGAGUGAUGAUAAUCUUUGUAAGGUGUGGGAUAGAAGGUGCUUGACUGAAAAAGGGAAGCCAGCAGGGGUCCUGAUGGGACACCUCGAAGGUAUUACAUUCAUUGACAGCCGUGGAGAUGGUCGUUAUUUCAUCUCAAAUGGCAAAGAUCAGACUCUCAAGCUCUGGGAUAUCCGGAGAAUGUCCUCUAAUGCUACUUGCAAUUUAGUGCAUCGGAAUUAUGAAUGGGAUCAUAGAAGGAUGUACUGCCGACCUCAGGCAAGAGAUAUGACACACCCACUUGAUCUAUCAGUGGCAACAUAUAGAGGUCACUCAGUCUUGCGUACUCUCAUUCGCUGCUACUUUUCCCCAGCAUACAGCACGGGUCAAAGAUACAUCUACACCGGAUCUCAUGAUUCUUGUGUCUAUGUAUAUGAUGUGGUGAGUGGAGAGCAAGUUGCCGUACUUAGGUACCAUGGUUCGCCUGUAAGAGACUGUAGCUGGCACCCUCAUUACCCAAUGUUGGUCAGCUCCUCUUGGGAUGGGGAUAUCGUCAAGUGGGAAUUUCCUGGGAAUGGAGAAACACCAGCCCCUGCAAACAAGAAGAGGUUUUAUUACUACUGAAGAGUGAAAGGUAAAUUGGUUGUAUAGCAACUCCACCUAAGGUGUAAUCCUUAAUCACAAAACAUGAACCAUACAAACACUUCGAAAUUCACAAAAUUUCAGAUGUACAUAAAUAAUAAUGUCAAAGAUUAUGCGUUUGUUACACUGCAUACGGUUAACAUAUAAUUCAAGAUUCAAGCCAUCGCAAUGUGGUACUGCACUC